UCGACGCGAGUUGGAGACGCAGACACCUGCGCGGCGUGGAGACACACGCGUUGACAAAUGCGUCAAAGCCCUGCAGAAAUAAAUGCAGGCGUUUAUGUGAGUGGUCGUGGGGGAGGGUACCCCUGCGCGCGCGUGGCUGGCGUGGGCUUCUCUCGUCCACAGCAUCAUCAUCACUUCGUUCACAGCAACAGCCUCCUCCUCCUCCUCUUCAUCACCACCAUCAUCAUCUUCAUCUCCGAACUGAAGAGGGAGCGCGUCGCAGCAGCUGAGAUAGGACUCUCUGAUUCCUGAUCAACUUGGUCGGAGGUGGUGUCUUUCGGGAAGCCGCAUCGCACUCCUUUAUCCUUUACAGAAUGGAGGAAAACUACCAAAAUCGGACUGCCUUCAUUAAAGGUGCGAAAGAUAUUGCCAAAGAAGUGAAGCGUCAAGCCUCAAAGAAGGUGGGACGCACUGUGGAUCGCUUGGGAGACGAGUAUAGUCGGCGCUCCUACAGCCGUUUCGAGGAGGAUGACGAUGACGACUACCCGAUGCAGGGGAGCCAAGACGGAGGCUAUUACCGCGGAGACAGCCAGGCAGCCAAUGAUGACGAAGGCGGCCACAGCGACUCCACUGAGGGACACGACGAGGACGAUGAAAUCUACGAGGGAGAGUACCAAGGAAUCCCCCGAGCUGACUCCGGCAAAGCCAGCCUGGCAGGGGGUCCCGACUCUGUCAAGGCCGGGGCUCAGCAGUUCAGAGACGUCGGGGUGUCUGAAGCUGAAAGACGGAAGGACCAGGAGGAGCUGGCUCAGCAGUACGAGACCAUUUUGCAAGAGUGUGGUCAUGGCAAGUUCCAGUGGAGCCUGUACUUCGUGCUUGGCCUUGCUCUCAUGGCAGACGGCGUGGAGAUCUUCGUGGUCGGGUUCGUGCUCCCAAGUGCUGAGAAGGACAUGUGCCUGUCUGAACCAAAUAAGAGCAUGCUCGGUCUGAUCGUAUAUUUUGGAAUGAUGGUUGGAGCAUUCCUCUGGGGGGCCCUGGCGGACCGGAUAGGUCGCCGCCAGUCUCUUCUCAUCUCGCUCUCCAUCAACAGCAUCUUCUCCUUCUUCUCCUCCUUCGUCCAGGGAUACAGCACCUUUCUCUUCUGCAGGCUCCUCUCGGGUGUCGGGAUCGGAGGCUCCAUCCCCAUCGUGUUCUCCUUCUAUUCCGAAUUUCUGUCUCAAGAGAAACGUGGCGAGCACCUCAGCUGGCUCUGCAUGUUCUGGAUGAUCGGAGGAAUAUAUGCUUCUGCAAUGGCGUGGGCCAUAAUCCCCCACUACGGCUGGAGCUUCCAGAUGGGCUCUGCGUAUCAGUUCCACAGCUGGCGAGUGUUUGUGUUGGUGUGUGCUUUCCCCUCCGUCGCCGCCAUCGCUGCCCUCAACGCCAUGCCAGAGAGCCCACGCUUCUACCUGGAGAAUGGAAAACAUGACGAGGGCUGGAUGAUUCUGAAGGAAGUUCACGACACCAACAUGAGGGCGAAGGGUUAUCCAGAGAGAGUGUUUUCUGUCACCACCAUCAAGACAGUGAAGCAGGUGGAUGAGCUGGUGGACAUAGGCACUGACACGCCGGUCUGGCAACGUUACCGACUCAAGAUCAUGAGCCUCUCACAGCAGAUUCGGAACAACAUCCUGGCCUGCUUCAGCCCCGAAUACAAGCGCACCACUUUCAUGCUCAUGGCUGUCUGGUUCUCCAUGUCUUUCAGCUACUACGGUCUCACCGUAUGGUUCCCCGACAUGAUCAAGUACAUCCAGAAGCAGGAGUAUGAGUCGAAGACAAAGGUCUUUGCCAAAGAACGAGUCGAGCAUAUCACCUUCAAUUUCACGCUGGAAAAUCAAGUGCACCGCCAAGGAUACUACUUCAACGACAAAUUUCUCAACCUAAAGAUGAAGUCCAUCGUGUUUGAGGACUCGGUGUUUGAGGAGUGCUACUUCGAGGACAUCACUUCCACACACACCGUCUUCAGAAACUGCACCUUUAUUGCAAGUUUGUUUUACAACACAGAUCUGUUCAAAUACAGGUUGGUCAACAGUAAGCUGGUGAACAGCACCUUCCUCCACAACAAGGAGGGCUGCAUGCUGGACUUCAGCGACGACUUCAAUAAUGCCUACAUGAUUUACUUUGUCAACUUCCUCGGGACCCUGGCGGUGUUGCCUGGCAACAUCGUCUCAGCGCUAUUAAUGGACAAGAUUGGCCGCCUGAGGAUGCUGGCGGGGUCCAGCGUCAUCUCCUGUGUGAGCUGCUUCUUGCUCAUCUUCGGCAACACGGAGUCAGGAAUGAUCGCCCUCUUGUGCUUGUUCGGUGGCAUCAGCAUUGCAUCAUGGAACGCGCUCGACGUCAUCACAGUGGAGCUCUACCCCUCAGACAAAAGGACCACGGCUUUCGGCUUCCUGAACGCCCUCUGCAAGCUGGCGGCCGUCCUGGGCAUCAGCAUUUUCCAGUCCUUCGUGGGCAUCACCAAAGCCGUGCCCAUUCUGUUCGCAGCAGGCGCCCUCGCCGCCGGCAGUUUCCUCGCAACAAAGCUGCCUGAAACGCGAGGCCAGGUGUUGCAGUAAAGCAACUGCUCAGCAGGAGGCAGCAGGGAUCAGCUGGAAGGUGGUUCUUGAAGUGGGAACAUCCCUGACAGCUCCAGUGCUGUCUGUCACAAGCCAAGACAACAGACUCCCCAUUGUACGCCCAGAAUCCUUUAAUAUCUGGACCGCAUCAGUCUAAGAGCAGCACAUGGACGUAGAAUUACAGUUUCAGGUUGCGAGGGAACAUGUAAAAAGUUCUUUUUUUGGCCUCACUGACUGGUGCUUGGUUGUUCAGUUCUUUCUGCUACGCUGGCGCAUUUCAUUCGUCUCUUUCAGUGAGUUUGACGCUUCCUCCUCUGCCUUCUGAAGCCAGGCCCAGUGAGAGCUAUUGACCAAAUUUUCGACAACAUUCCACCUUGGUUGGCCGAGUUUACCACCUAUCUCACACUUGUGUUUAGUUUUCUGUGUUGCCUAUUGUGUUUCACUUCCCGCCGGCUCAGAACACAGUCCAGAGACGAUGCGUUUCACAGGAUGCUUAGCUGUACAUGGGAGUAGCUUGACACCGUUUGAUGUUUCUGUUGCCUAAAGUGUGUGUAAGCGGGUGUGUGAUUGCAUGUGUGUACGUUACGUGAGGAAACGUCAAUUCCCCCACACUGAUCAUUUUUAUUUAUUGAUCCGUCCGCAGAAUGUACAAAUUGAAUAUUUGACUCAGGAGCAGUUAAGUUUACAUCUCCAAGUUUAGCAUCAAAUUGUUGAUAUCAAAUUAUCCGAGCGCCACUCGCCCUCAGCACAGGAGGUAAAUAUCACACCUUCAGUCCUGUCGAUCCUUCCACGCUACACUGGAGCUCAUUGCUCAUUUAACUGUUCUUCCCCGUUUUACUGUGCAUUUUCCCCCUGUAAAGGGAUGGUGUGCCACGAUGUGAUCACAGAUGUUUUAUCUGUUUACAGCACACUUUUGUUAUGUCAGCCUUAAGCCCACUUACGAUUACCGUAUUUGUCUACAAAUAUUUUGCCUUUUUAAUAUGACUUUGCCAACUGAUCAUUUUUAAGUUGACAAAGUUUGUUUACAUUACAAACGUAAGCACAUAUCCGAAAGAAAUGUUCAAAACAUGAGGAAAACAACUUUUUUUUUAAUGCAUUCCAGGGCAUCAAUAGGACACAUAAACUACAACCACACACUGAGCUAUGUGUCCUGACAAUCACUGUAUGUGUGUAUUGAAGCUUGGUUGUGUUUUGCUUUAAAAUAUAUAUAUUUUUUAAAGCAUGUUUUGAGUCAUUGAACAUUUUAACGAUGUUUGGUAUUGUACGUGUUUGUGUUUCAAAAUGAAAGUAUGUUUGAAUGUAGGCCAUUCAUUCAUUUUCUAUCGGUUAUUCCUCGUCGCAGCCACUAGGGGCCACUGCCGAGGGACACACUGGACAGCUCACUAGUCCAUCACGGAGAACAUUCUGACUCACGCACACAUUCCCACGUACAGGCAAUUUAGAGUCACCAAUUGACCCCUGAAUGUCCGUGAGAGGAACUCAGAGUGGGAAACACAAGCUCUUAGCAUGCACAAUAAGUGGUAGAAAAUGUAUAAAUGAACUGAAGUUUUCUUGCAUUUCAUCGCUCAAUUCAUCUGAAUUUGGCUCUCACUUUCCCCAACAAGGUUCACCCUCUGUAUUAAAAGCCAUCUGUAACUUUAAAGUAAAUAAAUAGCCAAUACGAAAGGUUACUCCUUGAGUGCCUAGAGAAGCAGCUAGAAUUUCCAUUAAAUCAGUUGAGUUUACUCACUCUGAGGUGUGUGGCUGUUUACGGACUUCCUGUUUGUCUCUUAUUUUUCUACUUCUACUUCUCAGCAGACACACAGAGGGGGAACAGGCUGAUAGAACAUAUGCAGUUUAGAUGCUUUUACCCACAGACUCGAGCGCUCUUUUGUUCAGGAGACGAAACAAAAGCGCUCUCCGAGGCUGCGGCGAGUCGACCUCACCCCCGACCCCUCUGUACUCGACCAAUCGUGACGCAUGUUUGUAUCGUAUUGUCUGACUUCUUGGACGUCCUGUAUGCCAGCUGUUUUUGUCUUAAAAAGCAAGAACUAGUGUUUUCAUUGUCGUAUGAUGACAUAGAUUUGUUGCUUGCAGUGAUUGUUCUUAAUCAAAGUGGGGUCUAAUUGGUGAAACUUGAGUAUGUGUUCGGAAAGUAAGUUUGUGGUGACUGUGCCCCUUUGUUCACCUUUGACCUGGGUCUCCCUUUUUUUUUUUUUUAAAUAUAUAAA